AUGUUCGCCAACGUGCAUCCGUGGAUGGUCCCACUCGCUUUCUUCUACCUCCUGAUCAUCCCGAUCGGCGUCCUCAGCAACAUCGUCAUGAUCGUGUGCUUCUUCGUCAACCCGUCAGUUUUCCAUCCUUCUUCUUUCCACUCAUAUCCGUUUCCAGCCGUCUCCGCACCCCCUUCCACCUACUUCUCACUUUGACAUGUCUCGCCGACGCCGUCCAUGUCUGCGGUCAAAUUGUUUUUGUGUUCCAACUUCUAAACAAUAGUUCGUUCAUUAGGAUCUUUCUUCAAUUUCCUUUUUUUUUCCAGCCUACUCCUUCCAAUCCACCUGCUAUUUCCUCAACCUCUUCCCGGUUCUGGGGCUGGCGAUCGCAGGGCCACUUCUUUUGGAAAUCGGAUUGGACAGACUGUUGGCCGUUUCAUGUCCUCACAAGUAAGUACACAUCAAAAAGUUUCCAACUGGUAAAUUGUUCACCAAGAAAUUGUGUGCAUUUUGUCAGUUGACAACUUUUUGAUAACUCUACAUUGUAUUGAAUGAACGGUACUCCAGAUACCGUGAAAUCCUGCUCCAAAAAGUGCGCUACACAGCAGCUCAUCUUGUCUUCCCCGUCGUCUACGCUUCCGGCAUUCUGUGGCUCGGUUUCAUCGAACGAAAUAAUGAGUGGGUUCGCUGCUCACUUCGGAAAGUGCCCAUUUCCUGGUUGCAGACAAGUAAAGUGCGCCAUUCCGACCGCGCUCUCCGGAGAUUCGUUCAAAGUGUUCACUCUCUCGAGUCACGUCAUUUACGUGUCAAUUCUGCUCGCCUACGCCCUCACUGCCAUUCUCCUGAAAAGGCACGACGCAAGUCAGUUCAGAACGGGAGAAAGACCGGGAGCAUAGUUUGAGAAAGUUUCAGGUUCCCGCUUCAAAGCCGUCUUCAAAUCGAUCGGAGUGUCUGUCGGAAUGGUGCUGUUCGGAUGGGCGAUGACUACCGUAUCCAACACGUUCGGAUACUACAUUACCGACGAUCCGGAGAUGUUCAACCUCAUCCAGAUGUACUCGGGCGUCACAGUCAACAUUGCCAUCUCGUGCAACCUCUUCGUGUUCUAUGCCAUAAAGUGAGACUUUUCCGUGCUCUUGUCACGCAAUAUCUCUUAUUUGCAGUCCAGACUAUCGGAUGACGGUGGAGACGUUGAUGGACGGAUCGGUGCGGAAGAUUCCGACGUGUACCGACUCCGGAAGUGAACUGCAUUCUCUGCGCCAAACGACCAACUCGACCAAGCUUCGGGAAAUCUGA